UGCCUGCUCAUCUUCACCCCCCAUCUCUUAUUUUUGAUCAUUAUAAGAUACCCUUCUAUCAUUUAAAAAGCCUGUAGUAUUUUAGCCCCAGAUCGCUCUUUUCACAUCAUUAUUCAUACCUUACAGAAUUUGAAAUUGUUGUUCUGCUACCCCGCCCCGGUGCGAAGAAAGCCGGGCAGCUGAGGCCCUACGCCUUCCGGAAACAUCAUUUCCUUGAAAAGAAUUUCCCACCAUCAUAUCAGAUAAACCAUAAGAGUCUCGGAUAUAAAAAACCCCUUUUCAUCUCCACAUUUUCCCUCCCAAAGCGAUGGCAGCGCAGUAUAUUAAUUACAUUAAGGCGAAAGCGCACCUCUCCAAGGCUCCCAAGGCCCCAGCACCAGAACCCGUCCUAACCUCCGAUGACGAAGCCUUUUUACAACAAGUUACUUCUCAGGCGGAGGGUGUUGGGAAAGAUCCGCAGAUAGCACUCAUGGAUGGCGCGCAGCAUAUCCCCCUUCCACAGUCGCCACUGGAAGAUAGUACGACGAAGGGCUCCCCGGAGGCUGAUGACGGGGGUUUGCAAAGGAGUUUGAGCAAGGAGUCAAAGGGGAAGGGGAAGAAGAAGAGUCCGUGGGGUUGGAUAGCUCAGGGUAUGGAUAAGAGGAAGAAGGAACAUACUGCCGCAGGCCUAUCAAACAUCGCAGAAAACAUCAAGCCGUCCCGCACGAAGACAGAGGAGUUUAGCCCGGACGAAGUAAAAAUGGAACAAGACGAUUUGACCAAAGUCCUCGAGCGGUUGAAUCUCUCAGCAGUCAACAAUCGCAUAUUCUCGAUCAGUGACGAAACGCAGGUCAUCCUCAAAAAAUUCAACUUUAUCCUCAAAGACCUGAUCAACGGUGUGCCGACCGCAUACCAUGAUCUGGAAUCCCUACUAACAAAUGAAGAUGGACAACUGCAAAAUUCCUUCAACCAUCUACCAGGAUUCCUGCAGAAACUCAUCGAGCAGCUGCCGGAUAAAGUGACUGAGAAAUUUGCGCCGGAGUUCCUGGCGAUGGCUGCUGAGAAAGCCGGCAAGAGUGGAAUUAGCCUGGAAGAAGCUACGAAGACAGCGGAGAAGGCGAAGUCGAUGGGGUUGAAGAUCCCCAGUUUGAAGGAGCUGGUGGGGAAACCAGCGGCGAUUGCGGGGAUGUUACGGUCCAUUGUUGGUUUCCUUCAGGCACGGUUCCCGGCGCUUAUGGGGAUGAACGUUUUGAUGUCGUUGGCGUUAUUUAUCCUCCUAUUCGUCCUCUGGUACUGCCAUAAACGUGGCCGCGAAGUGCGUCUUGAAAAGGAAAAACUCAAAGCAGAGGAACAGAGUGCCACGAUCACCAAUGAGGACACUACGACUGAUAAGGACGAUAACAACACAUCAGAAGCACAGACCACGACUACCGCAGCCACAAGCGCACCUAAGCAAGGGCGGAGAGAUACAGACGAAGGAGAAGACAGGGCUGGAGUGAGGGGAACGCAGGAUGAUGCACGGCAAGCUGCCUUACUACCACCAGAACCAGCGGUGCCGACAACGGUACCGAUAACGACAACGACAACGGCAACGACGAGCACUACUGUUGACAACGUAUCAUUACCAUCGCUGGCGUCAGAAGCUGAGAACCAGACACGUCGCCUGCCGAAGGUAGUUCAGCCAUAUCCGGGGACCUAGACCUGCUAAUGUGGUCACGGGGAAGAUGUUGAGCUAGCUUUGCAUCUGAUGGGGCUUCUUUUUGUUUUUCCCAAUUUCUUUUCUUUUUUUUUUUUUUUU